CUUCAAAGCAACAACAAAAUUUGCAUUUGCAUUGCAUUGCAUUUGAAUUUGCAGGUUGUAAAAAUGGCCAACAAAUCUGUUGUUGUUAUGACGUCAUCAUUCACCGGAGAAGCCUUCGAAUCGAUCGACGCUGACUUUGACGUUUCCGACUCCGAUUCGUGGCAGGUUGUUGAUCCGUCCGAUUCCGACGACGGAGACUUCUCCUACGGUGACGUCACCACCACCGACGAUGACGUCGGAGACGAAGAAGUUGCGUCGGAUGUCGAUGAUCUCGUUGGACAACCGUACGGAUCUCCGUCUUCUGAUAUAUCGAUGCAGUCUCUUGUAGAUGAAAUCAGUUAUCACUCUCAGGAAGUUAGAGACGCAUAUGAAAUCGAAAACAGUCGUCACAAUCAGGAAGUGAAAAGCGCUUGUGAAAUCGAUGACAGUCAUCGAACGGUUGAUGAUGAUACGGUUGUGAAAGACGGUGGUUUGAUCUACGGUGAAGAUGAUCCGUACGAAGAAGAUAAUGAUGUUGAUGAUGAUGAGGAGGAUUUGGAUGAUGAAUUGGUGCCGAAAUGGUUGAAUAAUAAGUUCGAAAGGCAGAGGAUGAGGAAAUUGGGGAAAAGAGCGUAUCCGAAGAUGAAAAAGUCGAAACGAUUGGCGAAUCAGUACAACAAACCUGGAUGUGUUCAUGGAAAGCAUGGAUUAGGAAUGAAGCACAAUCUCGUCUGGUAAUUUUCGAUCUGGAUGGUUUGGAUUGUGUGAAUUUGAUGCUCGAUUUGAAUGAUUUGAUGAUUGUAUCUGUUAAUUUCAAAUGUACAGUAGUUAAUUUAGGGUUCAUCGGUCAGUUAGGUUUGAAGUUGGUUACUUUCAGUUUCAGUUCUGCAAUGUACAUAUGAAUUACCUGAUCAAAUCAAACUUCUAAAUGCAUUCUCAUUCGGUUUCUUUUUGAAUGCUUA